UUGGGUACCGGCAAAUCAGCACAUCACUAAUCGUUUGGUUUUAAUUAUAAUUUUAAUAAUGGAGAGUGAAGGAAAUAUUUGCCAAGGAAACAAUGAGCCAAUGGCUAAAAAGAUUAAAACAGAAUGGGUUAAAAGUUACUCCGACAAGGCUUUGCUUAUGAUGGCUAGAAUGGGUUACGAAAAAGACAAAGGUCUCGGAAAACAAAAUCAAGGCCGUCUAGAGCCAAUCAUAGCUGUACAACAGGACGGAAGAAAAGGACUGGGUUUAAAAGCAGAUGAAAACAAAAUUUCUUUAGAGUCCUGGGACACCACCUGCGAGAUUGGGCAUUUGACGAAAUCGAUAACCCCAUUGUCUUAGGCCCCCGGAAGCAAACUAUUGAAGAUGAAUGUUUAUAUUGUGAUCCAGGUAUUUUGAAAAAUAUAUUAGAAGCUAAAACGGAAUUUGAUAAAUUAAA